AACUUUGGAUUCGACCUUCAGGCCGUGGAAGCUGCUACUAAGAAACACGAAGCCAUAGAAACGGACAUCGCUGCGUACGAGGAGCGAGUUCAGGCGGUGGUUGCCGUGGCGAAGGAGCUGGAGGCGGAGAGUUACCAUGACAUCAAACGCAUCACAGCUAGGAAGGACAACGUGAUCCGGCUGUGGGAGUAUCUGCUGGAGCUGCUGAAGGCGCGCAGGCAGCGGCUGGAGAUGAACCUGGGCCUGCAGAGAGUCUUCCAGGAGAUGCUCUACAUCAUGGACUGGAUGGACGAGAUGAAGAUGCUGCUGCUGUCUCAGGAUUACGGGAAGCACCUGCUGGGCGUGGAGGACCUGCUGCAGAAGCACGCCCUGGUGGAGGCGGACAUCAGCAUCCAGGCCGACCGAGUCCGAAACGUCAACAGCAACGCUCAGAAGUUUGCCGGCGACACCGAGGAUUAUAAGCCGUGCGACCCUCAGAUCAUCAAGGACAGAGUCGCUCACCUCGAGUUCUGCUACCAGGAGCUGAACCAGCUGGCGGCUGAGCGGCGAGCGCGCCUCGAGGAGUCCCGCCGCCUGUGGAAGUUCUUCUGGGAAAUGGCUGAAGAG